AUGGCAGCGGUCGGCCCAUCACAAGAAAAUGAAGGCGAUGCCACAAUCAUGUACAGUAUGAACAUAGCAUCUGAGGGAUCCCAAAAGGUCGAUGUAGUGAACUUUGUCCUCCAGGAACCAGAAAGAUUCUCAGGGAAGGAUAUCACAUCUGCUGCUAUGACUGCGUCCCAUGCUCAGAAGGAGAGUUUACAAAUGUUACAGAAAUCUCCCAUUGUCAGAGCCAAUAACCAGAACCUCAGCUUCAUUCUACUGACCUCUCUCAUGUUCAGCUUACUCUGUGUGUUUCUAUUCAUCGGUCGUCCAGUGGAUAUAACCUGCAUGCUACGACAAAUCUGCUUUGGGAUCUUCUUCACAGUAGCUGUGUCUUCUGUCCUGGCCAAGACCAUCAUAGUCUGCAUAGCAUUCAAGGCCACCAGACCUGACAGCUCCUGGAGAAAGUGUAUGGGAGUUAAGCUUCCUUAUUCUGUAGUGUUGGUCUGUUCAUCUAUUCAGGUUCUGAAUGCAGUUAUCUGGUUGUCACUUUCUCCUCCAUAUCAAGAACUAAACUUGAAUUAUCCUGGGAAGAUCAUCCUCCAGUGUAAUGAAGGUUCCAUCUUGGCUUUGUACCUCAUGUUGGGUUAUAUGGGGUUUCUGGCGGCUUUGAGUUUUGUUCUGGCUUUUAUGGUGAGGACAUUACCUGACAUCUAUAAUGAAGCCAAGUUCAUCACCUUCAGCAUGCUGGUGUUCUGCAGUGUCUGGAUCUGCGCCAUCCCAGCCUAUCUGAGCAGUACAGGGAAGAACAUGGUUAUCGUAGAGAUCUUUGCCAUAUUGUCCUCAGGAGGUGGAAUAUUGAGCUGCAUGUUUUUACCUAAAUGUUAUAAUAUUCUGGUAAAGCCCAAAGUAAGCAAUAAAGGACAAUUUUUUGAGAAAUGUCCUCAAUACAAAUAA